AUGGCAGCUACUGAACAAGAGAACCAUGACCUUAGGGAGGAGGUUAGUAGCCUCAAGGAAGGUAUGGAGAAGAUAACUGCAAUGAUGAUUGACAUGAUGGCCGCACAGGCACAAGCCUCUCAAGCAAAAGUUGUUCAGACUGUUCAGGCGGAUGUUGAAGUCUCUCAGCCUGCUCGUUCUCCGGUGACCCGACCAAUUUCUACUACAUCUGUUGAUACUUCGCAACCCAUUCCUACCGGUUCUACUGCAGCUAUUAGUACUACACAGCCUUUGGUGACUCAGUUUUCCUCUGGUGAUAUGACAAACAUGUAUAAUUCAGGGCUUCGUCCUGCUGGCCCUCCUGGUUUUUCUAUCCCUCAUCAGUAUCAUAUGCCGCCAGGCUAUCCGUGGGGCAUGCCGCUCGCAACUAAUGAAGGUGUUCGUCAUAAUGCGCUAGAAACGCAGUUCCCUUUCGGUCAACAACAAACACCGUUUUAUCAGCCCGGCCAGCCUUUUCCUCAGGCCACUAUGACCUAUGCUGGACCCCUUGUUCAUGCUGCUCAUCAAGAAGAAGAACAAGUUUAUCACUCCAAUAGUGUGGCUGGUGAUGAUAGGGUGGGAAAUUUGGAAGAAAAAUCUGUGUUUGAUUCGUGUUCGUUACCGUUUCUGAGAAAGAAAAAUGAGUUUCACGCGUUUACUUGUGGUUUUCAGUUGGAGAUCUUGAACGAAGAUCUUCGGAAACUCUUGAAUUCAAUCUUCACGCGUGGAUUCGGUUGCUGGACCGGAAAUAAACCGGUCCAAAAUCAGGGUACAACAGCGGUGCAUAAAGAGUUAAAGACUAUCCGCGGUAAAGAAAUGUUCAUUCAGAAUGUGAAUGACCUCUGCUUGGUUCCAGACGUGGUGAUACCUCAUAAGUUUAAAAUGCCGAUCUUUGAAAAGUACACAGGGGAUACUUGCCCUGAGAUGCACUUAGUCACAUAUGUCAGGAAGAUGAUAGCUCAUAAGAAGGAUGAACCUCUGCUUAUCCACUGUUUCCAGGACAGUGUGGCUGGUCCCGCACAAACAUGGUACAUGAAUUUGAAGGGCAUCACUACCUUUGAGGAAUUGGCCAAUGCUUUCAUCCAGCAAUACAAAUAUAACUCUUAUCUAGCACCUAACUGGAAAGAACUGCAAUCUAUGACUCAGGAUGAUAAGGAAUCUUUCAAGGAAUACGCUCAGCGCUUCAUUCAGAAAUCUGCUCAAAUCCGUCCGCCUCUGGAUGAAAGAGAAGUGUCUGAUCUAUUCUAUGAGACUCUGAGCCCUUUCUACUCAGAGAAGAUGCUUGGUUGUGCUUCACAAAAGUUUACCAAUAUGGUAGAUAUGGGUGUGCGUAUUGAAGAAUGGGUCCGUAAGGGACGUGUGAGUAAAGAUGGUGCUUCGUCAGGUGGUUCAUCUAAUGGCAAUAGGAAGUUCGGAAAUGGGUACCCAAAGAAGAACGCUCAAGAGGUUGGCAUGGUGACCCAUGGCGGAUCCCAGCCUGUAUACCCUAACUACCCCUAUGUUGCUAACAUUCCACCACCUAUCCCAGCUCCACAAAACCCAAACUAUCAACUACAAAGGCCUCAAAUACCCAAUCCAUAUUAUCCACCACUAUAUCAACCACAACCUUCUCAACCACAACCUUAUCAGCCACAACCAGGUCUUGUUCAGACCCUACCACCUCCUCGUGUGAAGAACCCUUUACCCCCAUGGUUCCGUGCUGAUCGAAAUUGUGCCUAUCAUCAAGGGGCACCGGGACACGACAUUGAACACUGUUACCCCCUUAAAGAGGCAGUUCAAAAGUUGAUUCACAACAAGGAUUUAUCCUUCACUGACCCUAACCCUGUUGCUCCAAACAAUCCUCUGCCACCCCACGGGCCUACUGUUAACAUGGUUGAAGAUUAUCAAGAAGGGGGUCUCGUCACUCGCUCUCAAGAUAUCAAAACUCCGUUGGUUCCAUUACAUGUGAAAAUGUGUGAGGCAGCUAUGUUUAGCCACAAUCAUAAUAGUUGUGAGGUAUGUUCUAUGGAUCCCCGCGGUUGCACGCAGGUUCAAGAUGAUGUGCAAGGGCUAAUGGAUCGAGGAGAGCUGGUUGUCACAAUUCCAAGCCAAUCGUCACUCCUCUUGUGA